AUGGCGUCGCCAGUUGUAGCAGAGCUGGAAGCCGGCCUGCAGGGCAUGCUCUCGCUGAAGCCACCAGGAGUGUCUGGAUCACGAAUCACAAAUAUCACGGCGCUAUGUGUCGCCAACGUUCAGUAUGAAUCGGUCCUGAUACAAAAGCUAUUCACCCAUUUCAAGAAGACACCCGGCACGCACAAACUGGGAGUACUCUACGUCGUAGACUCUGUAACAAGGAAAUGGUUGGAUCAGGCCAAAGCUCAAGGGCAAACACCGAGCAUCUCGGCGCCAGACGGGACAUUCGCUGCGGGUGUGAAUAGAGUAACAGAACUGAUCCCCAUCUUGAUGAACGACAUCAUUGCUACGACACCAGAAGACCAAAAGGAAAAGCUAAGGAAACUGGUUGAUAUCUGGGAGAAGGGACAGACAUUCCCUGCUUCCAUGGUCAACUCCUUCAAGGAAAGAUUGAAUGCGCUGAGACCCACGAAUGCAUCGACAACACCUCCCGGCAGCCCGCCUCCCAACCUCCUAGCCUCGCUUGGUUCUGGUAGCAAAGUGGCAGCGCCACCGGCAAACCAAGCAGUCCCGAACAUCAUUCUGGACAAACUUGCAAGCAUUGCCCGGCAGAAUGCUUCGUCUGCGCAGAGUAAUCCCAACCUGGCAGCUUUAGCGCCGGCGUCCACCCCGGCUACGGCACCCGUGUUCAGUGCACCCGGUGGUUUGCCUAGUAAUGCCGCUAUGCAGGCUGCCCCGGCGCCUCUUCCAGCGCAGCCAGGCAUUUCGUACCUCCAGACAUCUCAAGCGCCUGCCCAUCCUGUAAAUGUACCAGGACUGCCAUUCACAUUUCCACUGGCGAUGCCGACACAGGCAGGGCCUCCAGCCGCACCGGUUGCCCCGGGCGGUAUUCCGCCACAGCAGGGCGGCCCAAGUAACCCAGCUGCUGCGACCGUACAACUUGUUGCAGCCUUGGCCGCCCAGGGUAUUCCCAUUGACAAGAUCGCGAGCGUAAUUCAGAUGAUGGGCCAAACCGGCACCAUGCCCGCGGCACCUCCACCCCAGAUGCCCCAGCCCACCCAGACAGGUUACGCAGCACCUCCCCCAGUUGGUGGUGGCCCUGCCCCUUGGGACGCACCUCGACCUGACGAAUCCCGUGAUCGGGGUAGCUACCAUGACGGCAUGAGGUCACCAAACCGGCACCGGGGCAGGUCAAGGUCGCGCUCUCCUUCCCGUUGGGAUAACCGGGGUUCUCCGAGAUCGCGUGCAAAUGACCGUGGUUUUGACUACGGACGCCCUGGCUCACCUGGCCGGGGGCGUGCAGAUGACCGGCGCGGGCACAUGUCGGAUUACCGCCAGCGGUCUCCUCAUGGGCGUCACAGUGGCAGUCCGGGACAGGAACCGUCCCAACAGGAGAAGUGGGUCGAAUAUGACAACACCGUUCCCAGCGGCAGCAUCAAGGUGUAUAGCCGGACCCUUUUUGUAGGCGGUGUAACUUGCUCCGAGAGCGAGCUUCGUGGAAUUUUCAGCCGUUUCGGCCAAGUCCAAACUUGCAUUGUCAACAAGGACAAACGCCAUGCCUUUGUCAAAAUGUUCUUCCGCAAGGACGCCGAGCGGGCCAAGGCCGCCAUGGAGGAUAUGCGCAGCCAGGAUUUCCAACUCAGAACUAGAUGGGGUGUGGGUUUUGGUCCCCGCGACUGCAGUGACUACCAAAGUGGCGUCAGCAUCAUCCCCAUCCACAAGCUGACCGAGGCCGACCGUAAAUGGAUGCUGACCGCACCUUACGGCGGCUCUGGCGGCCGCCCCAUCGUCAGCGGGCUAGCCGUCGAGGAACCCGAUAUCGAGAUCGGCGCCGGCGUCUCAUCCAAGGCCAUCAGCCGCCGCAUGCAAACCGACAAGGGCGGUAACCACGGGCCCAAAUCCAGCAGGCAUGCCGAGGACGAGCCGCCCGUCGGUUUCGGCGGACAUGUCAACCCACAGGCCAACGCCCACGGACACAUGGGCGGCGGCCCGGGCGGACCCCCCAACAACGUUGGUGGCAAUGCUGGCGGCGGUCCUCCCGGCGGCCGAUGGCGCCAUAAGGGCGCGGACAAGCAUCACGGCGGCGGCGGCGGAGGGCGUGAUGCGAGGAGGGGUGGUGACGAUCGGAACGAUAACCACCACAACAACAAGGGUGGCAACGCCGACGAGCCAAUCGUCAUGGACCUGCCCGCGGGCAUCACCAUGGGUCCUAACGGCAUCAACUACCCCCCUAACUUUGCUUUUGGCGGCACCGGGUCGCACCUCUAG